AUGGCGGGCCAACAGGGUCAGUGUCAUGAUCGCGGCUUCCGCGAGGCUGUGCUGGGGAAGUGUCAGGUUCAGACCUGUAUCGAUCGGUUUGGCGACGGAGCUACCGAAGUGAUCAGGCAACGCGAGCGCGACCAUCUGAACGGCAUCGAAAAUGAUACACUUGUGCAAGGCGUCCCAUCUGACCAGAUCGUGACUGGUGUCGAGAAUGAAGAAGCGGGCAGCUCACAGCAAACGAUUUUGGAGAGGAAGAUACCGAAGACACCGUACUUCAGGAACAACCUGACGGCUCUGUCGCAGAGAUACAAUCUCUAUUUCGCCGCGUACGAAAAUCGAAUCUUCGUCUACCGCCCCAAGGGCGUUCCGAAACAGGCACUCCCUCAGGAACCGGGCCUCAUCCUGGCCACAAAGCCUGAUAAGAUCGCGCGACACAUAGGGGGCACGCUAAACGUACGAUUCCACCACCAGAUCAACCACGUCGCUAUUGGCUUCCUUGGGAGAGAGGAAAUCCUCGUUUCGGUCUACGAUGACGGGUCGGUUUUCGCAUACUAUAUCCGGCAAAUUGCAGGUUACAUUGAGCGCAUAGCAUCUGGUUGUCGGAACCCCAAUCCGGUGCCGACGUACUUCUUCCGCGAGAACGUUGGCAUUUCGGCAUGGGGCAUCGCAAUUCAUCAAAAGUCGCGGCUCAUCGCCAUCAGCUCCAACAAGCGGGAAGUGACCGUCUUCGCCUUUGGGCUCUCACGGCUACCCGAGGACAUGGAAUCUCAGGCAAGACCUCUGGAUUACUGUGAGAGAUCGGUUCUCAAGAGGAAACGAAAUUGGAGAAUCUGCAUACCCCUGGGUGACGGAGGGCACAACAUCCCCAACCUCUCUCUCUGGGAUGACCCCCAGGGCUUCGCUGAAAAGGUCGUUGCGAACGAUAUCUAUGGGACUACCUGGAUCUUGGACAUAUGGAAGGUCGGAACGGCGCCGUUCAAGAUCUCUCACAGAGCCAAUAUACAAGGGCAGUGGGCAUUCCGUAAUCCAAUGGGCUGGGGCGUCAUUGUUCUUCCGUACGAGAGUUUUUUGCCUGCACGAUCUGUGACGGACCUACUAGGCAUGGAUGAAUCAGACAUUAUGAACGCGAAGAACUCUCAUGCUGGGCGAUGGAUUGAGACCCAACGGGGCCUCUCUCGCAUUCGCGAUCAUCCUGCGGAGCCGAUUGCUCAACGCAUGCCGGAACCGGAAACGUUCGGCCACCAACACCACGGAGCGGUAUGGUUCCAGCAUCAACAGCCAGCUUUCCUCGCCGCCGUACUAAAUAAUCAACCGUUUCUUGGGCUCCCAGGACCUCCGCUGCCGCCACUGCCGCCGCCGCCUCCCCCUCCUCCGGCACCAGACGACGACAACAAUACCGCAGAAGGCGGUGGUGCACCUCCCGCGAAUGUCAUCACUCCUCCCGGCGCUCCAGCGGUGCAGAACGCGGUUCUGUUUAUCCCAGAUCACGAAGAUGACGACGAUGGGUGGAGCGAAGAGGAGGAGAUUCCGGAGAUUCCGGUCGCAGCGUGGGAUGAUAUGCCUUCUUCUGCCUUUGAUAGCGAAGACGAUGACAACCAAAACCUGAAUGGACCUGAUGGCGAGGAUGCGAACGAGUUCGUUUUCAUCGAAGAGGCGCUCUCUGCAGCGGAAGAAGACCAUGGCACCGGCGAGGGCAUGACGCAGAUUUUACCGCCUGAUGGGACCCUCAGCUUCUUCAAAAACACAUCGAACCACGACUUAAGCGGCUUUCAAUCUUCCUGGCUUGACAUGGUGUACACGCCCCAUGAUGGAAAGACAUACGUUUCUCCGACGUCGGUCAUCGGACGCCUCCAGUAUCUACGUCGGCCUCUGUUGAAGAAUAGAAACACAAAGGAGCAGGAUAGGGGCGUCCUCGAAGAGCUUGGCAGCCGAUGCUGCAUCUUGCGAACCUACGAAGAGGAUAUUGAGAUGCGUAGCAUCAACCCGGACGACGGUGCGGCGGUGUUCUGCAAGGACCCGAUCACCUGGAUGUAUCCGCCUCACCCCUUACUUCAACAUUCCGAGCGGCUCAACAUGAUUCUCCAUAUAUCGGAGCUGUCGCUCGUGGUGAUCGGGUCCGCAAUGGGCCGGGUGAUAUUGCUGACCCCGACACGCUCGCGCUACCACAUCCGCGGGGACGGCUAUAAGCUGAAGCAAGGAUUCCGGAUCGAUCGGGUUCUGCCCACGCUUCCGGACGAGAAGGCUGGACGUCGGCCGCCUCGGGGGCUCUAUGGCAUCGCUGCCGGUCCGAUUCAGGAGGGAGGCGCGACGGGGUGUCUGCUGCGUGCCGAUGAUGCACCCAUGCCGUCCCCUGCGUCGAGGCGGUACAGGCUUAUGCUGCAUUAUCGAGAUCAUAGUAUUCUGAGUUACGAGAUCAGUCGGGACGACAAGAAUGAGCAUAUUCUCAUUUUUUGA